CGGCCACAGCAUAGACAAAGUUGGGACUAAAUUAAAACAGAUAUAAACCUAAAUGUAUUUUAAACAUUGAACUGGGUUUAAUAUAAAUCGUUGUCAUAUUAACCGCCUUCGCGCCGGAAACAACAAUGGUUUCAGUUUUCACGGCGGAGUGAUUCAUCUUCACAUGAAACAAUCGUUUGCAGUACGGUUGCCGGUCAGGAAACAGUAGUACGGUGGGGAAAAGUUUCCCGCCGUGUUUUAGUGUUAUCGCUGAGGUUCCCCUUUAACAGCAGCCAGAUAAUUAUUUUUAAUAACCCACCAUGAGGCGAGCGAGAAGUUCGCGAAAUAAAUGUGAGAGUGCACCAGAAAAUGGAGAAGCCCAGUCAAAAACAGGAGACAGCAUGAAGAUCAAUAUUAUGAAGCUUCACUCAUAAUUCAGACACCGGUAAAAUAAGUUCCUAAGUGAGCGGUUAAAACGACCAAAAAAAAGUGUGGCAGUGGAUGGGAGAUAAAAGACAGUGGGAACCAUACUCUCCAUCAGCCUGUGCCGUCUUGGACUCGGCCGUCUCUUCGGGAAAAACAUCUGUCACUCUCUCUCUGGGCUCGGGGACAGCCUAUGAAGUUGAUCUGAAGAAGAUGGUUCAGAUCAAUCCUGUCACAAAGUACAAACGGAAAAUUCGCUGUCAGACUGUAAAAACAGAAAGUCAGAAUGAAGCUGGUGACGUUGCUGCUCAUAAUGAGAAACCAGCUCAAGUUAAAGAGGAAGAGGAGGACACAGAAGAGCAGCCUGCAGCUAAGAAGAGGAGAGGACAAAGCAAGAGCCAGACAAAAACUGAAGAAAUGCCCAAAAAAGCCAAAGAAGAAGUAAAAAGUGAAGAAGUUGUGAAGACAGUGGUCAUGAAGGGAAAAGCACCAGUAGACUCUGAAUGUAAAGCCAAACUAGGAAAGGCUCAUGUUUAUAAUGAAGGAAAUGAUGUUUACGACGUGAUGCUAAACCAGACAAAUCUUCAGUUUAACAACAACAAAUAUUACCUGAUCCAGCUGCUGGAGGACGACAACUCCAAGGUUUACAGUGUGUGGAUGAGAUGGGGCAGGGUGGGUAAAGUAGGUCAAAACAGCCUUACGGCCUGUGGUGGAGACCUGCUGAAGGCCAAGGACGUCUUUAAGAAAAAGUUCUUUGAGAAGACCAAGAACGAGUGGGAGCAUCGAGAUAGUUUUGAGAAAGUAGCUGGAAAAUAUGACAUGGUGUUUAUGGACUACAGCACGAAUGAAAAGGAGGAGAAUCAGACCACAGUGGAUACUAAACCAAAAAAGAAGACCUCUAAGCUGGAUUUAAGGAUUCAGUCUCUCCUGGAGCUCAUCUGUGAUCUGAAAGCCAUGGAGGAGUGUGUGCUGGAGAUGAAGUUUGACACCAAGAAAGCUCCUCUUGGCAAGCUGACCCCAGAGCAGAUCCGAGCAGGUUACUCAGCACUGAAGAAGAUCGAGGAUUGCUUGAAGAAGAAGAAAGGGAGCAAUCGUGACCUUUUAGAAGCAUGCAAUCAAUUUUACACCCGCAUCCCACAUGACUUUGGGUUGAAAACUCCACCACUUAUCCAAACAGAAGAAGAGCUGAAAGCCAAAAUUGCCCUUUUGGAGGCACUGAGUGACAUCCAGAUAGCAGUAAAAAUGGUCAAGUCCAGUGAAGACAGCGAUGAACAUCCUCUGGACAGACAGUAUCACUCCCUCCAGUGCAAACUGCAGCCUCUGGACUCCAGCAGCAACGAGUACAAGGUGAUAGAGAAGUAUCUGCACACCACUCACGCCCCCACCCACUGCGACUACACCAUGACUGUGCUUGACAUUUUCUCAGUGGACAGAGGCGGGGAGAGCAACAGUUUCCUGUCACAGUUAAGUAACAGGACUCUGCUGUGGCACGGUUCACGUCUGUCUAACUGGGUCAGCAUCCUCAGUCAGGGACUUCGAGUGGCCCCCCCUGAAGCUCCUGUUACUGGUUACAUGUUUGGUAAAGGUAUCUACUUUGCUGACAUGUCAUCCAAAAGUGCCAACUACUGCUUUGCCAACCAGAACAACAACGUUGGACUGCUGCUACUGUGUGAAGUCGCUCUGGGAGAAUCUAAUGAGCUGCUGGAUGCGGACUAUGAAGCAAACAAUCUGCCUGCUGGAAAGCACAGCACCAAGGGGCUGGGACAGACUGGACCUGACCCCAAAAACUCUGUCACACUGGACGGUGUGACUGUGCCGAUGGGGCCUGGCGUGAAGACGGGAGUGGGUAAAUGUAACGCUUACUCCCUCCUCUACAACGAGUUCAUCGUUUACAAUCCUGCACAGACUCGCAUGAGGUACCUGCUGCGUGUAAAGUUUAACUACUCAUCACUGUGGUGAAGCCUUGGAAACUGUGGGCCUUCGUGAAAUAUGGAUGAAUGUUUGGGGCUUUUUAGUCAUUCUUCAUGUAGCGUUAACUUCUAUGUUUUGGGGCAUGGGUGGGGUCUGGAUGUUACACCUGAAAACACUCAUUCAUAUAGGGCUGCAGCAAUUGCUCAACUGAGAAAAAUCAUUUACAGCUGUUUUGAUAAUAUAAUGAA